ACAAAGCCUUUUCUCUUGUCUGUUCCUUGUCCUGCUAUCUGUUCAAUUGUGGUCUUCAGCCUUCUUCUUCAUCCCCAACUGGCUUACAACUUUGGGGGGGAAAUGAAGCUGAAAAGAAUACUUAUCAAUGCCAUCCUUCAGGCUUUGCUCCCAAUUGCAGAUGCUGAUGCACUGGGAUUAACAGAUCCAAAGCUGUGCUACAUUCUAGAUGGGAUCCUUUUAAUAUAUGCUAUCAUCAUCACAGCCCUUUUCAUGAAAGUAAAGCUAGGCAAUCGCUCCACUGAAUCCAAACCUUCUCAAAAUGCAAAUGACAUAUAUAACAAACUAUCUACCGGACGCAGAGAUGAAUAUGAUUCUCUGGCUGUAAAAAAAACAGAUGCAGAUCUUGAAAUGGCUGUGGAAAACCAGCGCAGAAGAAAGAAACCUCAGGACAAAGUUUACACUUCCCUACAGCGGGAUAAAAUGGGUGAAGCAUAUAGUGAAAUUGGAAAGAAAGGAGAGAAACUUGGUGGCAAAGGCAAUGAUAAACUUUAUCAGGGGCUCAGUCAAGCAACAAAGGACACAUACAAUGUCCUUCAAAUGAAGCAGCUGCAUUCUCCUCGUUAGUUACUACUGAACCUAAAAAGGAAGAGAAAAAAGAACAUUCCUUAUGGUGGAAUGGUAGCAGUUAAAGAGGACAGUUCAUUUCAGCAAAGCCAUUGCCUUGUUUGAAGAAUGCUAUUGUACAGUCAGCAAAACCCAUGUUUCAUUUCCAAAUAACAUCCUAGGUUGUUUUUUUUUAAAUGUACAUAAGUUUAAAGAUUCUGCUUAAUGUACAGUUGCUUAGAUUUAGGAGCAGAAGUUGUGAUUGCUAUUUCACUGGAUAGUUAAAUAACAAAAAUAUUUUUCUUCCUUAGGUAAAAAAUAAAAUAUUUUCUUUCCCUAUAAA